CCUAGAGCGACAGACCGUCAAGGCAUCCCCCUAGAUUUACAGUACAAUCAGUCAAGAUGGUCAAUUUCACCGUCGACCAGAUGCGUGGUCUCAUGGACCGAGUCGGCAAUAUCCGUAACAUGAGUGUCAUCGCUCACGUCGAUCACGGAAAGUCGACUCUGACAGACUCGCUCGUAUCAAAGGCUGGUAUCAUCGCCGCCGCUCGUGCUGGUGACUCCCGCUUCAUGGACACCCGUCCGGACGAGCAAGAACGCGGCAUCACCAUCAAAUCGACUGCCAUCUCAAUGUACUUUGAGCUGCCGAAAGAAGACCUUCCGGAUGUCAAGCAAAAGAACGAUGGCAACGAGUUCCUCAUCAAUUUGAUCGACUCGCCCGGUCACGUCGAUUUCUCGUCAGAAGUCACUGCUGCGCUCCGUGUCACCGAUGGUGCCCUUGUCGUCGUCGACUGUAUCGACGGCGUGUGCGUGCAGACGGAGACCGUGCUUCGUCAGGCACUCGGCGAACGCAUCAAGCCUGUCGUCAUCGUCAACAAGGUCGACCGUGCACUGCUCGAACUGCAGGUCUCCAAGGAAGAUCUCUACCAGUCCUUCAGCCGAACGAUUGAAUCCGUCAAUGUCAUCAUCGCCACCUACAACGAUAAGGCGCUCGGUGAUUGCCAGGUCUACCCCGAGAAGGGCACAAUCGCCUUUGGUUCAGGACUUCAUGGAUGGGCAUUCACGCUUCGUCAGUUCGCCGCUCGUUACUCCAAGAAGUUUGGUGUCGACAAGGAAAAGAUGAUGGGCAAGCUGUGGGGCGACAACUUCUUCAACCCAAAGACGAAGAAGUGGACCACAAAGAACACUGGCGCUGACGGCGAGGUCCUCGAGCGAGCAUUCAACAUGUUCAUCUUGGACCCAAUCUUUAAGAUCUUCGAUUCCGUCAUGAACUUCAAAAAGGAUGCGAUCAUGCCCAUGCUCGAAAAGCUCGAGGUCAAGUUGACUUCAGAGGAGAAGGACCAGGAAGGCAAGGCGCUGCUCAAGUCGAUCAUGCGCAAGUUCUUGCCUGCUGGUGACUCUCUCCUGGAGAUGAUAGUCAUCAAUCUGCCGUCACCUCUGACUGCGCAGAAAUACCGUGUCGAGAACUUGUACGAAGGUCCCCUCGAUGACGAAUCCGCUAUCGGUAUCCGAGACUGUGAUCCCAAGGGUCCCCUCAUGCUUUACGUCUCAAAGAUGGUCCCCACAUCCGACAAGGGUCGAUUCUACGCAUUCGGACGUGUCUUCUCUGGCACGGUCAAGGCUGGUCCCAAGAUCCGUAUUCAAGGCCCGAACUACGUGCCCGGCAAGAAGGAAGACCUAUCAAUCAAGUCCAUCCAGCGCACCGUCCUCAUGAUGGGCCGUUAUGUCGAGCCUAUCGAGGAUUGCCCUGCCGGUAACAUUGUCGGUCUCGUCGGUGUCGAUCAAUUCCUGCUCAAGUCCGGCACGCUCGCGACCUCCGAGACUGCUCACAACAUGCGUGUCAUGAAGUUCUCCGUCUCGCCCGUCGUGCAAGUCGCCGUUGAGGUCAAGAAUGCUAACGAUCUGCCCAAGCUCGUCGAAGGUCUCAAGCGUCUCUCAAAGUCUGACCCCUGCGUGCAAACUUGGAUCUCGGAGACUGGCGAGCAUAUCGUUGCCGGUGCAGGCGAACUCCAUCUCGAGAUUUGCCUCAAGGAUCUCGAAGAAGACCAUGCGCAAAUCCCUCUCAAGAAGUCUGCGCCAGUCGUCGCCUAUCGCGAGACCGUCCAGGCUCUGUCCAGCAUGACUGCUCUAUCCAAGUCGCAGAACAAGCACAACAGGAUUUACAUGACUGCUCAACCGCUUGACGAAGAAGUUUCGAAGGCCAUCGAGACUGGCAAGAUCGCGCCGCGAGAUGACUUUAAGCUCCGCGCACGUGUGCUCGCUGACGAGCAUGGAUGGGAUGUCACAGAAGCACGCAAGAUUUGGUGCUUCGGUCCCGACACAAACGGCCCGAAUCUGCUCGUCGACACGACAAAGGCUGUACAAUACCUUGCCGAAAUCAAGGAUUCCUGCGUCGCUGCCUUCCAGUGGGCUUCGAAGGAAGGUGUGUGCGCUGAGGAACCCGGUCGAGGUGUCAGAUACAACAUUCUCGAUGUCACCCUGCACACGGACGCCAUCCAUCGUGGUGGUGGUCAGAUCAUCCCGACAUGUCGUCGUGUGAUGUAUGCCAGCGCUUUGCUCGCCACGCCAGGUAUUCAGGAACCCGUCUACCUCGUCGAGACAACUUGCUCCGAAUCCUGCCUGGGCGGUAUCUAUUCUACGAUGAACAAGCGUCGUGGUGUCGUCAUCAGCGAAGAGCAACGAGUUGGUACACCGCUGUUCGCAGUCAAGAGCUACCUGCCCGUCGCUGCAUCUUUCGGCUUCACUUCCGAUCUGCGUCAAGCAACGGGCGGUCAAGCCUUCCCACAGAUGGUGUUCGAUCACUACGCGCUCAUGAACGGCACGCCUCUCGAAAAGGGCAGCAAGAUGGAGGAGCUGGUCAAGGAGAUCAGGAAGCGCAAGGGUCUCAAGGACGAAAUCCCUGACAUCUCGAACUACUACGACAAGCUCUAAGCGGCUCUGUUGCCCCGCUCCGAGCGAUCCUCGCUCUGAUUGCAUUGAUGUACUGUCCCCUUUGCGUUUUUCAUGAUGACCCACACCGAGCUUGAUCAUAAUGUUCCUGUCGAUCGUGCACCGUGUCGCGAAA